AUCCAUGCUUUUUAACCCAGAUAAAGGCAUUUGUGUGGACGAGCAGCUGGUUCCAUUUAGAGGGAGGUGCGGCUUCCGACAAUUUAUGCCCAAAAAGCCAGCCAAAUAUGGCAUAAAGAUCUAGGCUUUGUGCAAUGUGAAAAGCUCUUACACCUGGAGACUGCAAAUUCACACCGGCAAAGACCUACUUCGUGAAGUCAACCAGGGCAUGAGAGUGGUCAUGCAGAUGACAAAGGGGCUCCGUGGACAUGUGGUAACUUGUGACAAUUUUUUCAUCUCCUUCCCGCUGUCCCAGGAACUGCUGAAGAAUAAAGUGGCACUGGUUGGCACCAUCCGGAGGAACAAGCUGGAGCUUCCCCCUCACGUACUGCAGGCAAAAGGGAGAGCAAUGUAUUCCUCCACUUUUGCCUUCACUAGUACGCACACCCUUGUCUCCUACAUACCGCGACGGGGCCGGAAUGUGCUGCUGCUCAGUACCAAGCACCGUGGACCAGAUGUUGGCGAGGGACAGAAGAAAAAGCCAGCAACGAUUGAAGACUACAAGCGCUGCAAAGGAGGUGUUGACAACCUUGAUAAGGUUGUCUGCUCUCCUGCAGGAGUAUGUGCCAACAGGUGGCCACUGGCUCUCUUUCACAACCUGCUGGAUGUGUCACUUUACAAUGUGUUUGUCCUGUGGACAUCCCUGGAUCCAUCCUGGCAGGAGCAUAAAACCUACAAGAGGAGGCUCUUCAUCCAAGAGGUGGGAGAACAACUGGUGACACCCCACAUCCAAAGGAGAGAGCGCCUUCCCCGAGCAUCAAAUGCUGCAAAUCUUGUCAUGGAAAUGCAGGAUGGUGCUGCUGCUGCUGCUGCAGGCCCCUCUCAGAGGAGCACAGUCAAGUGCAGACGGCAGUGCCACUUGUGCUCAAGAAAGAGGGUUGGAGGCACCUACUAUAAGUGCCACAAGUUUAUCUGCAAGAACCACUCCCUAUCUAUUUGCAGCCUCUGA